AAGCUUGGAUGAUUCUUCCAAGGACUAUUUAGGGUGUAGGGGAGAUAGUUUGUGGCACGAAAAGAAAACAAUCAAGAUUCAUUAAAUUAAACCAUCUUAAAAUUAUGUGGAGAUGGGGCAGUGGAGAUGAUUCGGUCCCUAAAUCUGAAGUUCGUGGGUCUUCUCAAGUAGCAAGCAUGUCUGUGGCUGAUUUGACUGAACAGCUGGCUCAAACUAAACAAUUGGUAGCACAACUCAAAGAACUUGUGAAAGAAAAAGAUAAUGACUUACACAAGAAAGAUAAACAAUUAAAGGAAGAAAAAGAAGCUUCUGAUACCAAGAUUUCCAAAUUAAAACUUCAGAGCAAAGCCAAAGUAGCAUCAUUAACUUCACAAUUAGAAGAACUUAAGAAGCAAGUACCUGGAAAUGCAGCACAAGAUGGAAAAUCUGGUCAAAAGAGGAGUGAUCAAGAUAGUGCUGCUGCAAGUCGUGGAAAAAUAUUGGUGCUCAGAAAGAAAGUUGAAGAACUAGAAACACAGAAUGCCCAAAAAAAUCAAGAGCUCCAACAAAAGAUUUCUGAAUUGGAAGCUGCACACCAACGGGGUGCUGAACUGGAUGCCAUGCUUGCUGAGAAGCAAAAGAAACUAACCGAAAAAGAAGCCUACAUAAUUGAUUUGCAGCUAGCCUGUGGAUCAACUAACGAUGCCAAAGAAAUGCUAAUACAUAACAAUGAAUUAAAGAAGCAGAUUUCCACAAAAGAGGCUUCAUUGCAGAGCAUGCAAAUUCUAGUUCAGAACCUUACCAGGAAAGUUGGGGACAGUGAAGAAAGAUGUAGCCUCCUCCAGGAACAAAUUGCAAGUCUUAAAAGCUUUCAAAAUAAAGAGAAGGAGCAUUUUCAGGAAAGAGAAGCCAUGUAUACUCAAAAUAUCCGUAUGUUUCAAAAUAUUAUCCAGGAAAAGGAAAAAGAGUUGAUGAGACUGGCCCAGAAACACGAACAAGAACUUUUUAAAGUGGCCGCCAAAUCUGAUGCUAGUGCUGAUCUAGAACAGGUGGAGAAAAUUUAUUUUAAUUAG